GCACGUCAUACACCCCCGCCUUUGACAAAGAUGCAUCACCAGGGUGCUUACUGUAUAAUGAGGCAUUAGUAAAGCAUUUAAAUCUAUUUUUCUUCAAGAAAGCUGGCAGAAUUCAUUAUCUGCAGCUGAGAACCGAAUUGAAACAUUGGUGGCCUACAAAAGAGGGAAUGUCCCCCCAUUCCUCCCACCCGGGCGGAAACAAAGCCCAUGGUUACGAUACAAAAACGGGAACCCAAACUACUUUUAUGAGACGACAGAAAUGUCUCAGUCCGCUGCAGCAGAUACGGUAACAUCCCGCUUCUGCAGUUACCCCAGGUUUAUCCAAUUGGAGAAACCGACAGCCCUGUACAUUGUCUACUGCAGUCAGCUAACACAACCACAAGCACGCAGCAGCUGAUCCUUCUGGAACCUAACCCAUCAUUUCUAUUCCUUAAACCCUGCUAACAUACGUUAGGCGCAACUCAGCGUUCGGUCUUACAGUUCAGCCGCCAACAUGUUCCUGAGUAGCCCGCUGUUCCUGCAUAGUGCGCCCGCAGCCUCAGCAGCUGAAUGAGAAAGUCCGAAAUGUGUAGGACUGUGCCCUACGACGAAGAUCGCAUGGAAUACGGCAUCAAAAUGGGCAGCUAUAUAUUCAAGCGUAGAAUCUCUUCAAGUGUCUCUAUCAUUAGUAUCUAUCUUGUACAUCAUUGUCAUCAUUGUCUUUCAACAUGGCUAUCCUCUCUAUCCUCACUUACACCGUGCUAGCCGCCUCCUCGGCUGCUGUCGUCUCAGCAUCCCCUGCAGGAGCCACAACAUGCUCUUCAACUGCAUCUGUCAAUCCUACCUGCUACAGUAGCGCAGACAUCAUUGAGCGAGACGUUGCCAUUAUUGGAGGCGGCUCAUCUGGUACCUAUGCCGCCAUUGCCCUCAAGGACUUGGGCAAGUCGGUCGUGGUGGUGGAAAAGCAGAACAAGAUGGGUGGUCAUGUUCUAUCCUAUCAUGAUCCUACCACGGGAAUGCCCCUAAAUUACGGUGUCCGUCUGUUUGAAAACACCACCGUCACCAAUGCCUUCUUCAAGCGCCUCAAUUCGCCCAUGCAGCCCUACCAGCCGCCUCCUGGAGCACCCACAUACGCCGACUUCAAGACGGGCCAGAUCCUCAAGAACUUUACAUUCAGCAAAGACUUUACAGCUUACUUGCAAGAGUUUGACAAGUAUCCGUACCUCAACCCCGGCCAAGGAUACCACCUGCCCAACCCGGUGCCAGAGGACCUGGCUCUCCCCUUUGGUGACUUUUUGAAGAAGCACAACCUCCUUGACGUGGCGUAUGCUUCUUGGUCCAACCCAUCUCUUGGUGAUAUUGGCAAUGUCUUCCAGACACCAGCGCUCUAUGUCAUGAGAACCCUCACUCGAGCAGUCCUCACCCAAGAAGGCACCGCCGGCAAGACGCUCGAGUCUGUUACUGGCGACAACCAUGUGGCCUGGGAUCACGCGCAGGCUGAGCUUGGAUCCAAUGUUCUGUUAUCGACUACCGUCAUUGCGGCCAGCCGCCCAGCAGGAGGUAGUACUGGCAGCUCGUACCUUGUUGUCAAGACACCUACAGGCAACAAGCUCAUCAAGGCUGCCAAGAUUCUCUUUUCUGCUGCCCAGUCCACCGAUAACCUGAAGCCAUUUUUCCUAGACAGAAAAGAAAGCGCUGUAUUCAGCAAGCUUCAAUACACUGGAUUCUACUCCGGCCUUGUUAACGGUACCGGGCUUCCCAACAACGUUGCCUAUCAGAAUGCCGCUACAUCUGCUGAUACUGAGCAUGUGCCUCUUGGACCCAAGGUUCUUCACUUUUAUCCCUCCGAAGUGGCUGGCAUCUUCUCAUUUUGGUACGAGAGCGACACUCCUCUUGACGAUGCGACAGUCAAGAGUGACAUUGCUGCCACUCUUGAAAAGCUAGCCAAUUCUCCUGCGAAUAAUCUCAACUUCUUGGCUUAUGCCAACCACUGCCCUGGAAUAUUGUAUGCUCCCCUUACCGAGAUAGAAUCUGGGUUUUGGGACAAGAUGAACAGUUUGCAAGGAUACCGAAACACAUUUUACACUGGUUUGUUGUUUGAGCAGUCUGCUUCAGGUCUCUGGGCUUUUACGAAAGACAGAAUUCAUGACAUGUUUGCCUAG